CCGCUCUACCGAAAAAAAGAAGAGAUAAUAUCUCUCAAUCUUCCCUUGGCAAAAAAAGCCACCAUUUAAGACAUCACUUUACAUCGCUGUCGCCGACUCAUUGCCUAUCUCUUGGCUUUGCCAGAACUGAGACCUCAACAGACUUAUUAAAAUUUACCUGCAUACAAUCAAUAUUUUGAACUCGGUUCACGGCAUCAUGGGCCGUCAAUUAUAGCGAAACGGUCCCUAGGGACAAUUCUACAAAAUCGCCUUAUUGGGGUCUAGAUUUUGCACAAUAAACGUGUAUCCACGGAAACUCAUUUAUAACUUCAUCGACCAUCCACCGUCUACAUUUGCAUUUGCUCUGCAUUGGCACUUGCACUCAUAAUCGACAUCUGACAUUCGUCACCUACCGCCAAUUCCAACAUCGCGAAAAAAUAAAAUAGCGCGCGCGUUAUUAGAAGAUAUCGUACGCUUAUACUCGACAUACCGACUUUCCAACACAUCUACCAAGAUAUUGAAUCAACAAGUUUCUAUCGCACAUUUAGUGAAAUAGUUACUCAUCAUCGCCAUCAAAAUGACGAACGAUCCGAUACUCGAUUCGGCUAAUGCGACCAUGCUGGCGCUGCCAUCGCAAGGAGCGCACAUGCAGCAUGCGUUAGAAGACGAGGCUGCGGCUGAAGUUGAUGAACCCCCCGACAAUCGUCAUUUACACCCGGGAAAUCAAUUCAAGAGGAGCGCAGUCCGGAAGAUAUCGGAUCACUCGGAAUCUCUCCUAACUAAAGCCCUCCACUCUGAAGAAGAAAUAAUUAAUAUCGACUUCGACUUAUCAUCAAGACGCCGUUCAAUGAACAGUAGCGUUAGCCUCGCAUCUACCGCCGACCUUACCAGCGACACUGGCUUCACAAGCCCCGCUCGCACAAACACACCCAGCCCGCCGCCACCCGUAGUAUCACUAGCACGAUUAAAUGCCGAUUUCUUCUACGACGCAAAAUCCAAGUUGGCUCCAGUUUACGGUCUUCAGCAGACUUCCGCCGUGACCAAACCCCGCGGGCCAAUUGGAAACAACGGGGAGAAAAGGGAUCCUACGGUAGAAGCUUUGACCAAGAAGCGCUGCAUUUCAUUUGCAUGCGGACCGAAAGCGGAUGCUAAAAAACCGUUGGCUCCGCAGCGACCAGUCGAACCUAAGCCGGCAGCUGACGAGAAGCCACAAAGAAAAUCGUGCAUCAAGUUCGCUUGCCCUGCCAAGCCGGUUCAACGGACGCCACUAAAGCAAGGCGCACUACAGUUAGCAAUUACCCCUAACACGGAGUUACCGAAGGAGAAAGAUGGAUCUCCUGUCACUGUACGAAAGCUUCGAUCCUCUUCAAUCGGCCGAGGACGGUCGCAAAGAUCAUUGACCCCGCGACCCAUGUCACGAAGCCCGAUGCCGGUCUGCCCAGCCAAGUAUUUGACCGCGAACCCAACCGAUCUGAACUGCGAAUCUUCUCGUUUCCACGAGUUUGCCAGUGAUGAACCCCAAGAAGAGGAUUGGAUUCGUAUAAACCACGCACCUCCUGGUCGUCGAUUGACUAUUGAUGACACUCUUAAGAAAGAAAAUGAAAUCCGCCGGUUAGGAAAGGAGGCGGAGGAGGAGGAACUUGAAGAGGAAGAGCUUGAGGAAGAAGAGGAUCUUAAUGAAGGUGAUGAGGAUGAGGAUGAUGAUGACGACGAGGAUCGCCCGGAUGAUAACCUAGAGAGAGAUGAUGUGGACGAUGUUUUGGAUAUCGACGACGGGUACGAGGUUGAUAACCAGUCUGCCUCUGAGUCGGAUGGCGAUGACUUUUCGGAUGGUUAUAAGACUGAUAACGAAAUUGGCUUCGCCGAGUCAGAUGAUGACGACGACGGUGGAAACUUGGAUCUAUGGACUCCCAGUCGUGGACCGGCCGUCAGACUAUCUGGGGGUACAACCAUCUAUCGUCGACCUUCCAUGACUGGUAACCGCUCCGAUUCGUCUUCCUCCGACUUCCCCAAUCCCCCGACUAGGGUAGCGCGGACUAAGCGACUCAAAAUACGCGCUAGAACACCAGAGCUUCCUGAUAGCACUGACUUCGUUUGCGGUACGCUUGACGAAGAUCGUCCUCUAGAGGAGGCUUACCUCUCGUGUCUUGCGGCUAGACGACAGGAGAAGCUUCACCCGAUUCCGCAGGAUAUUGACCCGAGCUUCCCAACCUCUGAACCCGAAGAUGAGGAUAUUGAGCUGAAUAUCCCUGUUCAUGAUAGUGACGAUAAUCUAUCCGAUGUCAAUGCAAAUGGCCGUGAACGUCGAAAGAGGAUUGACCAUACGUCGCCAAAGCGAUACCACUCUCCCCCUCCUAGACGUCACCAUUCUCCCCCGAAAGCUCGAGGUCGAUCGCCAAAGCGACUCUUUGACCUUUCACCACGUCACCUUCUAUCACCACCCCUAGGACCCCUGAUGCAAUCUCCUCCAUCAUCCUUGGUAUUUAAUGCCAAUCGCGGAAAUCAGGAGAUCAAGAGCCUUGCUUUUCGACCUGGCCUUACGCAAACCAAAUCUCUCCCGCGAGCUCCGGCAAUGUUCCCGCAACACCUCAAGGCUCAUCGCCGUUCUACUAGAUCUUCGAACUCGUCUACCAACGCCCACGUACGAGGCGCUAUUGACAUUGUCAAAGGUCUCGAACAGAAACGACAGCGCCGAAAGGAGAAGUUUAAGGAGAAGUAUCAACAGAUGCAUUGCAACAAGGCACGAAAGGGCCAGAUCGUCGAGAAGAAACCUCAACCUGGUCAAGGUGCCGAAAGGAUGCGAGAGAUCGGACUUCUCAUGGCUGGAAAGCUAGGCCCGGACCAAUUCGUCCUGUCCAUCUAGGCGCUAGAUGGAGGCCCUGC